AUGCAUAAUCUGGAUGAAAUGAGAUACAAACACAAACUGAGGAAGGCAACCAGCAUCCAGGAUGUUCUAGAAAGAGAAAAUAAUGUGCUGAGUUGCACAGCCCCAGAAAAAGUUGCACUCAGGGGAGAUUCUGAGCUCAGCCCUCUCGCGCCCGCCCACCUCCAGCCAGGGCCACCCCUCCGCGCCUCUUUCACCCCACCCUCAGGCGCUGCCUUCCGCCCCCGGGCCACCUGCAGCUGUCUGCUGCCCAGCCCUGCCCUCCCGCAGCUGCCAGAGGCUCGCGGGUCCCGGAACGCAUCCCGUCGCUGGGGCUGCCGCCGUGGCAUGGGCGCCGCGGGCCCGCUCGGGGUUUUCUUGGCUCUCUUCGCGCCAGGGGUCCUCGGUAAAUUAUGUAUGAGUCCUAGAGAACUCCUCCAUGGCUCUGUGCUGAUCCCUGAGGGUAUCGAGUUUGGGUCAACAAUCACAUAUUCUUGUAAUAAAGGAUAUCGACUCAUUGGUGGCUCAUCUGCUACAUGUAUUGUCUUGGACAAUACUGUAAUCUGGGAUAAGGACAUGCCUUUUUGUGAAUCUAUUCCUUGUGAGUCACCCCCAACCAUCUCCAAUGGGGACUUCUAUAGGACCAGUGAAGAUACCUUUUACUAUGGCAUCGUGGUAACUUAUCAUUGCAAUGUUGGACCACGUGGGGAAAAGCUGUUUGACCUCGUGGGUGAGAAGUCAAUAUAUUGCACCAGUCAAGACAAUCAAGUUGGUGUCUGGAGCAGCCCACCCCCUCAAUGUAUCCCUCAAGUCAAAUGCCCAUUUCCAGAAAUUGAAAAUGGAAUUGUGGAAUCCGGAUUUAAACGUUCCUUUUUCUUAAAUGAUACAGUGAUGUUUAAGUGUAAACCUGGCUUUACCAUGAAAGGCAACAACAUGGUGUGGUGCCAACCAAACAGCAAGUGGAAUCCUCCACUGCCAACAUGCUUCAGGGGGUGUCUACCACCUCCACAUGUCCACCAUGGUAAUUAUAACAAAAGGGAUAAGGAGCUCUUUACAAUUGGACAGGAAGUGUCCUACAGCUGUGACCCUGGCUACACUCUCAUUGGAUCUAACCUUGUGCAGUGUACAUCCUUGGGAACCUGGAGCCAUGCAGCCCCCACAUGUGAAGUGAAAUCAUGUGAUGCCAUUCCAAACCAACUUCUCAAUGGCCGCGUGGUUCCUCCUCCUAACCUCCAGCUUGGGGCAGAGGUUUCCUUUGUUUGUGAUGCAGGGUUUCGAUUAAAUGGCAAAUCUUCUAGUCAGUGUGUCCAAGAAGGAAUGACAGUAAUCUGGAGUAAUAAGUUUCCUGUCUGUGAACGAAUUUCUUGUGACCCUCCUCCUCCUAUACAAAAUGGUCGGAACAGUGCUUACUCACAACCUAUACGUCUUGAGGCACGGUGUGACACUCCGGCGCAGCUUCUCAAUGGGCGGGUAGAGGUACCUCAAAGUCUUCUGCCUGGAGUGACUGCGAAAUUCUCCUGUAACGAAGGGUACAGAUUACAAGGCCAACCUUCUAGUCAGUGUGUAAUUGCUGGAAAUAAAGCUAUUUGGACCAAGAAGCCGGUAUGUGAAGAAAUUCUUUGCCCACCACCUUCCUCUAUUCGCAACGGAAGACACACAGGCAGCUCUUCAGGGAAAUUUUCAUAUGGAAGCAGAGUCACUUACACUUGUGACCCAGACCCRGAGAAAGGAGUGAAGUUCAUCCUUAUUGGGGAGAACACUAUCCGUUGUACCAUGGAUAGUCAGAAGUCGGGGUCCUGGAGCGGCCCUGCACCACGCUGUGAACUUUCUACUUCUGCGGUUCGUUGUCCACAUCCCCAGAUCCUGAGAGGCCAAAUGUCAUCUGUGCCGAAAGAUCAAUAUUCCUAUAAUGACACUGUGGUAUUUGCCUGUGAGCCCAGCUUCACCCUGAAGGGCAGUGGGAAAAUACGAUGUAAUGCCCAAGGCACGUGGGAGCCAUCAGUGCCCGUUUGUGAAAAGGAAUGCCAGCCGCCUCCUACAAUCCUCAAUGGGGAAAGAGAAGGAAGACGCCUGGUCCGCUUUGACCCUGGGACCUCCAUAAAAUAUAGCUGUAAUCCUGGCUAUGUGCUGGUGGGAGAAGAAUACUUACACUGCACCUCGGAAGGAAAGUGGACACCCACUACCCCUCAGUGCAAAGUGGCGGAGUGUAAACCGAUAGGACGGCAACUCUUUCGAAAACCUCAGCAUGUGUUUAUUAGACCAGCUGUUUACUCUUCUUGCGGUGAAGGGUACCGGUUAAGUGAGAAUGCUUAUCAACAGUGUGAAGGUACAGUUCCUUGGUUUAUGGAGAUUCGUCUUUGUAAAGAAAUCACCUGCCCACCACCCCCUGUUAUCUACAAUGGGAGACACACAGGGAGUUCCUCCGAAGACGUUCCAUAUGGAACCAUGAUCACUUAUACGUGUAACCCCGGGCCGGAGGAAGGAGUCCAAUUCAACCUCAUUGGGGAGAGCACCAUCCGGUGUACAAGCACUGAUGGAGAGAGAGGCACCUGGAGUGGCCCCGCUCCUCUCUGUAAACUAUCCCUCCCUGCUGUCCAGUGCUCAGAAGUCUUCAUUGAAAAUGGAUUCAAGACAUCCAUAAAGCCAGCCCCAUAUUUCUACAAUGACACUGUGACCUUCAAGUGUAAUCAUGGAUAUACUUUGAAGGGUAGUGGUCAGAUUCGUUGCAAAGACAAUGAUAUCUGGGAUCCUGAAAAACCAGUUUGUGAAAAAGGCUGCCAGCCUCCUUCUGGGCUCCAUCACGGUCGGCAUACAGGUGGAAAUAUGGUCCUCUUUGUCCCGGGGACGACAGUAGACUACACUUGUGACCCUGGCUACAUGCUUGUGGGAAACAAAUCCAUUCAGUGUAUGCCUUCAGGACACUGGAGUCCCACUCCACGAUGUGAAGAAGCAUGUAAGGAUGUGACAACGCUUCCAGCUGAGGCACGUGUGGAACUAGUGAACACGGCCUGUCAAGACGGGUACCGGUUGACUGGACAUGCUUAUAAGAAAUGUCAAGAUGCUAAGAAUGGGGUUUGGUUCCAGAAGAUUCCACAAUGUAAAGCUAUUCACUGUCCCCCUCCACCUAAGAUUGACAACGGGAGGCACACGGGCGUGAUGGCAGAGCACUUUCUGUAUGGAAAUGAAGUCUCUUAUGAAUGUGACCAAGGAUUCUAUCUUCUGGGGAAGAAAAUUUUACAGUGCGGAAAUGAUUCUCUAGGACAAGGGUCUUGGAGUGAACCUCCCCCACGGUGCCUACAGUCUCCGCCUGUAACUCACUGCCCUAACCCAGAAAUCAAACAUGGAUACAAGCUCAACAAAACUCGUUCUGCAUAUUCCCACAAUGACCUAUUGCAUGUUGCCUGCAAUCCCGGCUUCAUCAUGAAAGGAAGUCACUUGAUAAGGUGUCAUACAGAUAACACCUGGGUACCAGGGGUACCGACUUGUUUCAGAAAAGCUUUCUUAGAGUGUCAGCCUCCACCUACCAUCGCCAAUGGGUCUCAUACUGGUGGAAAUAAAGCUGAGUUUGCCGCUGGAAUGUCAGUCCUGUACAGCUGUGACCAAGGCUACCUGCUGGUGGGAGAAGAGUUCCUUGUCUGCACAUAUGAGGGAACCUGGAGUCACCCUGCCCCUUACUGUAAAGARGUAAACUGUAACUUCACCGAGAAUAUGAAUGGAAUCCAGAAUGGACUGGAGCCUGGGAAGAUGUAUCAGUAUGGAGCUGUCGUAACUAUGGAGUGUGAAGAUGGUUAUACCCUGGAGGGCAGCCCCCAGAGCCAGUGCCAAGGCGACCACCAGUGGAACCCUCCCCUGGCUGUCUGUACAUCCCGUCAAUGCAAGGCCCCAGAGUGGUUUCCAUUUGCCAAGCCUGAAAGUCCAACUGAUGAAUCUGUGUUUCCCGUCGGGACUCCUUUGAAGUAUGAAUGUCGCCCUGGUUAUAUCAAGAGACGGUUUAAUAUCAUUUGCCAAGAAAACUCAGUCUGGACAAAUGCUGAWGACAAGUGUAAACGUAAAACAUGUAAAAAUCCUUCAGAUCCUUUGAAUGGCAUGGUGCAUGUAGAGUCAGACACACAAUUUGGAUCCAGAAUUACUUAUACUUGUAAUACGGGGUACCGACUCAUUGGCGCCUCCAGCGCUCAAUGCGUGAUCUCAGACACUACUGUUGUUUGGGAUGAAGAAGCACCUAUUUGUGAAAGAAUUCCUUGUGAGCCACCUCCAGCCAUUGCCAAUGGAGAUUUUGUUAGCUCUAACAGAGAAUAUUUCCUGUACGGAAUGGUGGUGACCUAUCACUGCAAUAAUGCAGACAGAGGGAGAAAGCUCUUUCACCUCGUGGGAGAGCCCUCCAUAUACUGCACCAGCCAUGACAAUCAAGUUGGCGUCUGGAGCGGCCCUCCCCCACAGUGCAUCGUACCUAAUAAAUGCACCCCUCCACACGUUGAAAAUGCAAUAAUGCUAACUGAAAACAGAAGCUUAUUUGCCUUAAAUGAAAUGGUGGAGUUUGGAUGUCAGCCUGGCUUUGUCAUGAAAGGACCCAACCGUGUGCGGUGCCAGAAUCUAAACAAAUGGGAGCCAGAGUUACCAAGCUGCUCCAGGGUGUGUCAGCCACCUCCAAAAAUCCUGCACGGUGUACAUACUCUAAGCAAUAAGGAUCAGUUUUCCCCUGGGCAGGAAGUGUUGUACAGCUGUGAGCCUGGGUAUGACCUCCUAGGAGCUGCUCUUCUGCGCUGCACACCUCAGGGAGACUGGAGUCCGGCUGCCCCCAUGUGUGCAGUGAAAUCCUGUGAUGACUUCCUGGACCAACUCCCCAAUGGCCAGGUGCUAAUUCCACUGAAUCUCCAGCUUGGAGCAAAAGUGACCUUUGUUUGUGAUGAAGGGUUUCAAUUAAAGGGCAGUUCUGCUAGUCAUUGUGUUUUGGUUGGAAUGAAAAGCCUUUGGAAUAGCAGUACCCCUGUAUGUGAACAAAUCUUUUGUCCAAGUCCUCCAACUAUCCUUAAUGGGAGACACUCAGGWGCUUCUCUGGAAGUCUUUCCUUUUGGAACAUCAGUGAUUUACACAUGUGAUCCCCAACCAGACAGAGGGAUCACCUUCAGCCUCUUUGGGGAGAGCACCAUCCUCUGCAAGAGCGACCACCAAGGGCAUGGCGUUUGGAGUGGCCCUGCCCCUCGCUGUGAAAAGCAUGUUCUGUUACUUCAAAUGUUCCUGGUUUCUUGUUCUGUAGGUUACUGUAAAACUCCAGGUCCUUUUCAGUUUGCUAAGUUGAAAACCCAAACCAAAGAAUCUGAGUUUCCCACUGGGGCGUCCUUAGAGUUUGAAUGUGGCCCUGGGUACUACAGGAGGUCGUUCUCUAUCACGUGUCUAGAAAACUUGGUCUGGUCCAGUCCCAAAGAUGUCUGCAAACGAAAAUCAUGUAAAACUCCCCCAGAUCCUACCAACGGCUUGGUGCAUGGAGACUCAGACACCCAGAUUGGAUCCAGAAUUAAUUAUACGUGCAAUAAAGGGUACCGACUCAUUGGUCACUCGUCUGCUGAAUGUAUCAUCUCAGGCAAUAUUGUCAAUUGGAACACAGAGCCACCAAUUUGUGAACGGAUUCCUUGUGAGCCACCUCCAGCCAUUGCCAAUGGAGAUUUCAUUAACACCAAUGGAGAAGAUUUCCUCUAUGGAAUGGUAGUAACCUAUCGCUGCAACGGUGCAGACAGAGGGAGAAAACUCUUUCACCUCCUGGGAGAGCCCUCCAUAUACUGCACCAGCCAUGACAAUCAAGUUGGCGUCUGGAGCGGCCCUCCCCCACAGUGCAUCGUGCCUAAUAAAUGCACCCCUCCACACGUUGAAAAUGCCAUAAUGCUAACUGAAAACAGAAGCUUAUUUUCCUUAAAUGAAAUGGUGGAGUUUGGAUGUCAGYCUGGCUUUGUCAUGAAAGGACCCACCCAGGUGCAGUGCCGGCCCCAAAACAAAUGGGAGCCAGAGUUACCAAGCUGCUCCAGGGGGUGUCAGCCACCCCCAGAAAUCCUGCAUGGUGUGCAUACCCCAAGCAACGAGGAUAACUUUUCCCCUGGACAGGAAGUGUUCUACAGCUGUGAGGCAGGGUAUGACCUCAGAGGGGCUGCUUCUCUGCGCUGCACACCCCAGGGAGUCUGGAGUCCGGCUGCCCCCACGUGUACAGUGAAAUUAUGUGAUACAUUCCCAGGCCAUAUCCCUAAUGGUCGUGUGCUAUUGCCACUUACUUUACAGCCUGGGGCAAAAGUGACCUUCAUUUGUGAUGAAGGGUUUCGAUUAAAAGGCAACUCUGCUAGUCAUUGUGUCAUGGCUGAAAUGAAAAGCAUUUGGAAUAGCAGUGCUCCUGUGUGUGAACAAAUAUUUUGUCCAAGUCCUCCAGCCAUCCUUAAUGGGAGGCACACGGGAACUGCUUUGCAAGAUAUUCCAUAUGGAAGAGAAAUAUCUUACACAUGUGACUCCCACCCAGACAGAAGGAUGACCUUCGACCUCAUUGGGGAGAGCAUCAUCCGCUGCACAAGUGACAAUCAAGGCAAUGGGAUUUGGAGCAGCCCUGCCCCUCGCUGUGUGCCUUCUAUUACUUCUGCAUGCCCACAUCCACCUAAGAUCCAGAACGGUCAUCACAUUGGAGGACAUGCUUCUUCAUAUCUUCCUGGGAUGAUGAUCAACUAUACGUGUAACCCCGGCUACUUGUUGGUGGGAGCUACCUUCAUUUUCUGUACACACAAGGGAACCUGGAGCCAGUCUAAUCAUUAUUGCAAAGAGGUAAAAUGCAGCCUUCCACAGUUGAAUGGACUUAAGCAGGAGUUGAAAAUGAGAGAAUAUCACUUUGGAGAUAAUAUAACUUUGGAAUGUGAGGAUGGAUAUAUUCUGGAAGGCAGUCCUUGGAGCCAGUGCCAGGCAGAGGACAGAUGGAACCCUUCUCUGGCCACAUGCACAUCACGCUCACAUGAUGCUCUCAUAGUUGGCAUUUGCUUUGGUAUGAUCUUCUUCAUUUUAUCCAUCAUUGUUCCCAGUUGGAUAAUUUUUAAGUGCAAGAAAGGGUAA